CCGAGCACUCGCGGUCGUCGCGAAUCGUCGCGAAAUGUAUGUACAUAUGCGGGACUUGAAGGAAUCGACAAAUUGUCCCGAGGAUGUUAAACGGCGCAACAAAAACUACUCAAUCUAACAGCGGGAUAUUAAUUACGGUGCACGAUCAAUAAGAUAAGAGUUGAGUACCGCGCUCGCUUAAUCUGUUUAUAAUUAUCGACGUGCAGAGAAAGAUGCAAUUUAUUUGCAAUUAUGGUCCACAACGGGUCGGCUAAUGUCGCUUUAGGCUUCAUCGGUUGGAUAUUAUUAAUUCACGAACGAAUCAACGAUGAAUUAUGAAGCCGGUGCAUCGAGCGUGUUCGAUAUUUCCAUUCGUAGAAGCGAAAGUUACGUAGUCCGGCAUGUGUGCAAUAUAAACAAUGUAUGAACCGUUCCACCGCUGGUUUUGGCAAUACCGCGUUAAGUGCUUCCAGAUUUCGUGUUUGCGAAAUAUUUCUGUAGUUUAUACACAGUUCAAUAUAAAUUUCUGUCCCGAGAAAUAUUUGCGAACAUUUCACUUGUUCUUGAUAUUUCAAUGAUGUAACAUUGCAUUUAAAGAAAAAAAAAUUAAUUUUAUUAAUCUUCUAACAUUUUAUGCCUCGUGAAAAUAUCUUCGUAUAUUUCAUUAGUUAAUAAAAAAAGUCGGUUUAUAGGGCAAGAUAUUGCAGUCAUUCCUCAUAAAGCGUGCUCACUCUUGCCGAGAGUGUAAAACGAUGCGUGCAGAUUUCUCGAGUUGCACUCAAAGAAGAUGCCAAUUUAAUGCAGCGAUUAAUAGCAAAACGCAAAGGUUUUUUCUCUCUGGCAUUUGCAUAUAAACUGGAAUGGAACGAAUUGCUCGUCAGCAUGCAACGAGAAAGUCAUUAAAUGCAGAUAUCUAUAACAGUUUGCGAUAUUUUAGACAUAGUAAUGCGACUAAAAAGGGAAUCCCAUAGUAGCGAUAGCGAUUAUUUUGCGGUGCAUAUUUCCGGGACCCGCGAUCGAUAGCUUUAUCGGUAUCGCCACGACCGGUUUAAGGAGGAAAGUGUUGAAAAAAGUAUGCAGUUACUUUCCAGCUUCAUGGGCCGCCACACGAAGCGAGGAGCUUCCUUGAAAAAAGGAAAGCGCGAAUCCAUCGGAGGCGGGAAUCCUGUUGGUAAUUGGCCGUCUUCAACGGGGGGUCCGUUCAGACCCCUUAACAAUACCGUUGGCGGCGGUGCGGCGGGGGGCGCCAACAUGACACCCGACGAUCCCGCGCCCGACGAAGAGUUCGCCCUCGCCAUCGCACAAAAAUCACAGAGAGAUGCAGAGGCAAUCCGCACCGCUCUGUAUCUCGGAGCGGCACUCGCGAUCACCUGGAUAAUAGGAGCGGCGGGACUGUCGUUGGCGUGGCUGGUUCUGGUCUUGGCACUGGCAGCGACGGUCAUUAAGGCGAGAGUGUCCCGGCUCCUUCAAACGGAAUUGCAACACGAAUUGGCCAGGUUACGCAGAAGACGAGCCCUGUACAAAGAUGAGACCGCCGAGUGGCUCAGUUUACUCCUUAAUAAGUGGUGGAGGUUCAGCGCCGCCAGUAUAUUUUCCUUGGCGAAGGAACGACUGGAGCCUCUCCUUAAUGAAGCCAAACCUGGUAUACUGGGUCCAUUAGAAUUACGCGAACUCACUCUCGGCGAACAGACACCAUGCAUCACCCGCGUGAGAACACUCGAUUGCUGCAGCGACGAUGACCUUCCCCAUGCACACCAUUCCGGCCGAACUGUACUGUCCGUCGAAGCGGAUGUGCGGCUGGACUGCGAGCAAUUCCGCAUGCUCAUCACCACUCGGUUGUUUGGCAAAGGCAUGGGGAUGGACAUCGACUUGGCGGUGGAGAAGCUGUCGUUAUCGGGCACGAUUAUCGUCAAUCUAACGUUAAACUCGUCGGCGCCAUUUCCGCACGCGACCGGGCUCAGCGUAAGUUUCCUGGAGAAGCCGGACGUCUGGUUUAGCGUGAGGAUCCUGCGAGCGGUGCAGAUGAUGGAGAUGCCACUGAUCAAGACCUGGAUUCACGCGGUGGUCACGGAUGCUCUGGCCAGCUGGCUGGUCGAUCCGGGUCACCUGGAGAUGGACUUGAGGGCGCGAGAGCGACCGGGUCCUGGACUGGAUUCCGUGACCAAUUCCAUGCCGCAAGGAGUGCUCACCGUCGUGUUGUGCCAGAACGGUUGUCCUUCGAGUGUCGCCGAUGAGGUGAGAUGGCUCGUGGUAACGGUAAGCGAUCAGAGACGAAUCACUUCGAAUCUGAGCUCCGCGUGGUCCGAGGACGUUUCAUUCUUGGUCGGGUCAUUGGACAACGAGAGAAUCACUAUUAAGUUGAAAGCGAAACGGCUCGUUAGUACCAUCACUUUGGCGCAGUUCGAGUUGGCAUUAGGAGUUUACGAUUGGGAGAACUCGCAAAUCGUUGAAACUGUGUUACAACAGAAAAAGCCAUCCCGCAGUAGCGCUAACAUCCCGAAUAUCAACGCGCGAUUAGAAUACACCGCUCUCCCACACUUGGAUCCCGAUUUACCGCAGCCAGAAUUCACAGCCGAUAAUUUGCAUCUUGCAGGGGUAUUAGUGGUUUAUAUUCACUCCGCUGACAAUCUCAACGGCGAUACUACACAGUGCAAUCCCUAUUGCAUGCUGUUCAACAAUCGGAAAAAGGUCAAAACGACGCAUUACGUCCGCUCGACUACGUCCCCGGUCUGGGACUGUAGAGCGCAAUUUCUGGUGCAGGAUUAUACUCAAGUUUCGCUGAGCUUCGUUAUUUAUUCGUGGAAUAUUGCAAAAUCGGUGGACACAGAUAUGCUUGGACUAGCCAUGCUAUCUCUAUCUCAAGACACGACGUGGAUGGUCAGAAAGGAUCUUACACUCAGUGGCUCGAACGUCGCCUCCAACAUGACGGUCUCCGUUCUAUUUUAUCCUGUUAAAAGUAUACAACAAGUGGUUAGCAGUCGCAGAAGCAGUUUAGUUCCAACUACGUUGGACGACGAGCCGAGAAUCAAACGGAACAGUUUACCAUGGAUGCAACAAGCUAAACUGCUAUUAACACACAAGGACAUCGAUCCCGCUUCCUCUGACAUAUCCAGUCUAUUGUCCACCGGAAGCGGUUUGAUGGAGGUAACGUUGUUGCGCGCGAAAGAUCUCGUCGCAAAGGACCUAAAUGGCUUUAGUGAUCCUUUCUGCGAACUGAAAUUGAAUAACGAAACGAAGUAUAAGAGCAGUAUAAAGAAGAAGACGCUGAAUCCUUGCUGGGACGAGAGUUCCAUCAUGGGCUUGCCAAAGACCGGAGAAGCUUUAGAUAUUGUAUUAUGGGAUCACGAUACUUUCGGCAUGAAGGACUACCUCGGGAAAGUAUCACUGACUCUCGACGAUAUCAGAAAGCUAUCGAACAGCGAUCAGUCCCAUUGGUUCCCGCUCAGGGGAACCAAAACGGGAUCUGUGGAGCUGAAAAUUAAGGUUUUGUCGGAAGAAUGCGAGACGCAAAGUACGUAUGCAACCAGCAAUAUCAGCGACAAUUCUUCUCGUCUAAACACCGAGCCUGACUCCUUGUCGAGCAUCGUGCGAAGGCCUUCCAUGGAGAAAUCUAAAAUACGCCUGCAUCUGGAUCCAGUCAUACCGCCACCGCCUCCACCGCGCACUGUCACUCUCUUAAAGCCGACUACAUCGAAUCAAUCAGAUAAAGCUAGCAUCACCAGCAAGGAUUCUGAUAUGAAUGGUUCAUCGACCUUCUGGAUUCCGAAAGUUAUCGCGGAAUCGGCUGUGGAUACUUCCGUCGAUGAGUCCGAUACGGCGAAAGUAAUCGCGGAGAGGCGGUCCUCCCAUCACAGCUUGACUCCGAGUCCUGAACAGAGCUUCGGCAAAAAGUUACCACAGUACAACAGCUUCCGCAUGAUGAAGCAGAAGGUGAAGAGGGGUUUAAAACUUCGUAGAUUUCGUUCGGAAGUAACUAUAGAAGACAAGAACGACAGCAAGGGCAUCACCUUGAGUCUGGAGCCCAGAGGCGGCGGGGAAGCUGACGCGACGGAACUCUUGUCGGAAUCCGGUUUGGCUCACGCGGUAUCGCAACCAGACAUGUUAGGCAGGAUAAGACAGCCCAGUCCACGGUUAAGAUUGAGGCCGAAUGAUUUAAAAAUCGUCAACGGCACUAGAGAAAAGUACUCUGGAGUGGAAGGGAAAGUUCUUCAGGCGCAAGGUCUUCAUGUAGCGCACAUCGCUCAAUUGUACUGCCGAGUAAAGCUUCAAACAUGCACCAGUCCGGAAAAGGUUAUGUCACCUAAUGGUGGAAAAACCAUUGCCAAAUCGCGUCUCCUGCCGGCUAUGCCUAAUCCUCAGUUCAGUAUAGAUUUCCAUAUAGACGGUGACGGUGUACCGAGACAAGCGUUACUGAUAUUUGAAAUCAGGAGCGCCAGCAAGGAGUUGUUGGCCAGUCGGCGUGUAACCCUACACGAACUACUAGGGGUCUCCGCAGCUAGUGAUGAAGUUCACACAUGGUUGGCGCUAAAUAACGGCGCUUCGCUGGAAGUACAAAUCGCACACGGAAGGGAGUUUAAAAGUAAAUCGGCGAAAAAACUGUUUCGCUCUUGGUCGGUUCAUCGGAUAGGAAAAAUAUGAGAUUUAAAGAAAACCAGAUACUGCUGUUGUACGUCUAACUAACACGCAUUGAUACAAAUCGUGGGACUUUUUAAAAUUUAUUUCUCGGGAUAAUCAAGAUUAGAAAACUGUCAAAAUUUUUCGUAUAAGAAAUGAAUAAAAAAAUUAUUUUUACAAACAACUGCAAUUAUAUAUAUCAUUUUAAAAGCUGUAUAGAAAAAUUUUUAACGCCAUUUCGUGUCACGAUGUGUAUCAAAACUUCAAUAAGCAUUCCAUACGACGUUCAGCGUUUUGUACGAUUGUGUUAAUGAAUAAUUAUACUUCAGUAUAUAAUUUUAAACGAAGUUGUAAAAGAUGAAUUAUAUAUAUGUAUGUUAAGUCCUAAUAUUUAUGUAUAUUAAGAUUUUUCUAAUAUUUACAGAAUUUAAUACAAAAAUCACACAUGUUAAAAUCGCUGAAAAAUAGAUUGAAAUGCCAUUUCGUUUUCUCAUAUAUUUAUAAUUUCUGAUA